AUAUAGUCGGUUUCUCUCUUUACUUGGCACGCUUUCGCUGUUCUCUGGUUUUAAGAGAGAAAAAUUUGAGAUUGCUUCCAAUUCAACUAUUAAAACUACACUUGUUCCGAUUUUCUCUCUGUUCUCUCCCGAUUUCCUUCAUUAGGGAUUCGCAGGUUUUGGCACAGAGAAUGGUAGGUACAGAAAGUGUAGAAGAUGGUGGUGCACAUGCAGAGCCCCCUGAUCCGGAUAUUCUUGAGAUUGAUCCUACUUCUAGAUAUAUAAGGUAUAAUGAAGUGCUUGGGAAAGGUGCCUUCAAGACAGUUUACAAGGCUUUUGAUGAAGCUAAUGGCAUUGAAGUGGCAUGGAACCAAGUUCGGAUUGAUGAGGUCCUACAGAAGCCAGAAGACUUGGAACGACUGUAUUCUGAAGUGCGACUCUUGAAAUCGUUGAAACAUAGUAAUAUUGUAAGGUUUUACAAUUCAUGGAUUGAUGAUAAAAAGAAGACUGUCAAUAUUAUAACUGAGUUGUUCACCUCUGGAAGCCUCAGGCAGUAUCGUAAGAAACAUAAGAAGGUUGACUUGAAGGCUGUGAAGAGUUGGGCAAGACAGAUUUUAGCAGGUUUAAUUUACCUGCAUAGUCAUGAACCGCCAAUAAUACAUAGGGAUUUGAAGUGUGAUAAUAUAUUCAUCAAUGGCAACCAAGGUGAAGUUAAAAUUGGUGAUCUCGGGUUGGCUACUGUUUUGGAGCAGUCUAAUGCCAAAAGUGUGAUUGGAACCCCUGAAUUUAUGGCACCUGAGCUAUAUGAUGAGAACUACAACGAGUUGGUUGAUAUUUAUUCCUUUGGCAUGUGCAUGCUGGAGAUGGUGACUUUUGAGUAUCCUUACAGCGAGUGUAGAAACUCAGCUCAGAUAUAUAAGAAAGUUUCAUCUGGAAUAAAGCCUGCUGCCCUUUCUAGGGUUACUGAUCAAGAGAUGAAACUAUUUAUUGAGAAGUGUUUAGUUCCAGCACCUCAAAGAUUAUCAGCGAAGGAGCUUUUAAUGGACCCCUUUCUGCAAGCAAAUGGAUCAGCAAAGAAUCGUCCUUUGCCGCUCCCUGAUAUUGUUAUGCCCAAAAUGGGAGCCUUUGGAGAUCGCUGCCUCAUGUCAGAAGCACCUGCUUCCACAAAGAAUAAACCAUCCUCUGCAGAUCUUGAUAGUGACAGUGAGCUGCCUGUUAUCAGAUCUCUUGAUAAUUCCUUGGGCAUGGAGGUUCAAAGGACAAACAAAGGCAACCUUUUCUUGUUAAAGGGCGAGGGAAAUGAUGAAAACUCUGUAUCAUUAAUACUUCGAAUAGCUGAUCAGAAUGGUCGUGUGAGAAAUAUUCAUUUCCUCUUCUUCCUUGAUAGUGAUACUGCCCUCUCAGUUUCAAGUGAAAUGGUUGAGCAACUGGAACUAGCGGAUCAAAAUGAUGUGUUCAUAGCUGAAUUGAUUGAUUUGUUGUUGCUGAAUCUAAUUCCCAGUUGGAAACCUUGUGUUACAAUUGAUCAUCUGAUUCCUCCCAAUAGAAGACAAAAUUCAAGAGAUAAUCAGUACUUUAAGCCACAAGAAAAUGGGGAGCCUUCCUCGGGGUCUUUCCAUCACCCUUGUGAAGCUGAUGAUGUUACACGGUCAAAACUUUGUCCUGACGCUAAGACCUUAGGAGCAUCUGAUGAAUCAAAAAGACAAGGUCCUUGUUCUGUGAAAUUUAAUGGAAAAAUGUCUCAUGCAAAUUUCAUGGCCGAAGAUUCUGGUUCUGAGAUGUCAUAUGUUUCUGCAAACUCUAAUGAGUGGAAUGAUAAACUUAGCUCCAUUCAUUCCUUUAUGUCUGCUGAAUUAGGUCCUAUGGGCAGUAAUGGAUAUGGGUUAAGAGGAUAUGAAACCAAAUUGUUCUCUGGAUCUGAAUUAUCCCUUGAUGGCAAGAAUAAGUCUGUGAAUCCAGUAUCUUCUACUUCUGGUGGGGAUGAAGAUGAGGAGUUAAGAUUGGAGCUGGAAAUGAUUGAGCUGCAGUAUCAGGAAGCAAUGAAAGAAAUAUCCAAGAGAAGACAUGAAGCCAUCAUGGACACAAGAAGAAGAUUGUCCCAGAAGAAGAUGCAAUCAGUUUACUAGUCCUUCUCCCUUAAAUUUUUUUUUUUUUUGGGUAAAUGGCCCUGCAAAUGUACAUAUUUUAUUAUGGGCAGAGAAUCAUCUUUUUCCCCAUUUUGCUGACUUACGAGUGGUAGGAAGAGAAAGUCAAUUGAAAAUAGAAGAACUCUCUCUUGAAGUUUGUUUUCAUUUUGGUUAACCAUAAAGAGAUUAGAGUGAAAUGACAAACAUCACUGUUUGCACAUG